AUGAGUACGAUGGAGAUGUCAUAUUUAAAACCAGGGAGAUCGUACCAAACGGGGGAGACAUUGGAUUCACCAUGUUCAGAUGCUAUGAGCAACACCGAGAGCACAGCACCAUUAACAGAAUUAGCAGAUCGAGAUGAUAUCGAGGCUACGGGGGCGGAUAUGACGUCAGACAGGGGCAACUGGUCCGGAAAGUUCGACUUCUUGCUGUCCCUUCUCGGGUACUCUGUUGGAUUGGGAAAUGUAUGGAGGUUCCCUUAUCUAGCAUAUAGCAAUGGUGGAGGCGCUUUUUUGCUACCUUUCCUUGUGAUGUUGAUGUUAGUUGGGAUACCAUUGAUGUUUAUGGAGCUGGCUUUUGGACAAUUUGCAAGUCUUGGACCUGUUGCAAUAUUCCAGAGAUUUUGCCCUUUGUUUCAAGGUGUUGGGUAUGGUAUGAUCAUAGUGUCUAGCAUCGUGGCCCUGUACUAUAACAUGAUCAUCGCCUGGACCCUUUUCUAUCUAUUUGCAUCCUUCACAGAUGUUCUCCCGUGGGAUACAUGUGGACCCGGAUGGAGCUCGAAUAACUGUUACUCGUAUAAAGAAGCUGACUAUUGCCAACAAACUAAUGGCAGCCUUUACUACAAUAAGACGUGCUUCAACAACACCAUGGUAGAACGCUACAGCAUUGCCAGCCUCACUGUCAACAUGACUAAAAGACCCCCGGCUGAAGAAUAUUUUGAAAACUAUGUGCUGGCUAUUUCAAAGGGUAUGGACGAUAUGGGUCCAAUACGCUGGCAGUUGGCGCUUUGUCUCCUUUUGGCUUGGCUUAUCGUCUUUCUGUGUCUAAGUAAAGGAGUACAGUCCUCAGGAAAGGUCGUUUAUUUCACUGCGUUGUUUCCAUACGUGGUGCUUAUCAUCUUAUUCUUCCGGGGCGUAACGUUGCCUGGGGCGGGGGAGGGAAUACGGUUCUACCUCACGCCAGAUUUCUCAAGGCUCAAAACUGCCAAGGUUUGGACUGACGCGGCAGUGCAGAUCUUCUUCUCACUAAGUCCAGCAUGGGGUGGUCUCAUCACACUGGCCAGUUACAAUAAGUUCUACAAUGACUGCUUCAAAGAUGCGAUGAUAGUGUCUAUUAGCAACAUUAGUACCAGUAUAUUUGCUGGAUUUGUCAUAUUUAGCAUUGUCGGCUAUCUUGCUCAUGAGAUGAAAACUGAUGUCGGUAAAGUUGUUGACCAAGGUGCCGGGCUUGCCUUCAUUGUUUACCCCGAGGUAGUAACUAGACUACCAGUGUCUCCAGUAUGGGCCGUGCUGUUCUUUGUGAUGCUUCUCACAUUAGGACUCGAUAGUAUGUUUGCUUUGCUAGAAACUGUCACCACUGCUUUACUAGAUAAGUUCCCAGACUACAGAGAACGUAAGACGUGGAUCGUCCUUGCUAUGUGCACUCUGGGAUACAUCGGGGGCCUCACUAUAUGUACAAAUGGUGGAAUGUACAUGCUACAAUUAAUGGACUCAUAUGCAGCGAGCUGGUCUGUCUUUCUACUGGCAAUAAUAGAAUCUGUCCUUAUAGGAUGGGUAUAUGGUGCUGAGAGAUUCUGUGUCGAUUGUGAAACUAUGCUGGGACCCAAGAGUUAUCUCUGGAAGACAUUCUUUUCUAUAUUCUGGAAGGUACUUAGCCCUGGGACCCUCCUAUUUCUGCUGAUAUUCAAUUGGGUGCAGUACCGUCCUAUAACCUAUGGACAUUAUGUCUACCCAGCUUGGGCCAAUAUCCUUGGCUGGUUGAUGGCUCUAAUGCCUGUUCUCAUUGUACCAACAGUAGCAAUCUACAAAAUAUGCACAACUUCUACUGAUAAGACUAUACUGCAGAGAAUUUCCAUACUUCUGACUCCCACAGAUGAAUGGGGUCCGGCACAUAAGGUGAACAACAUGUCGUUAGGGAUCACAGAGGAGGUGCACAGUUUGGGGGUUCACCUCAAGGCGGAAACCUAUGACAAUCCAAAUUUCAAUAAAUACACAUAUGAAAAUGUCCAACCAAAGUAAUAGUAUUCACUUGUAGGCAAUAUAAAUAUGAUUCACAUAUUUAAAUAGGUACAUAGAUAUAC